AUGGCUGAAUCAACCAGUAGUAAGAUGCCUAAUGCUAGCAAUAUACCCACUCUAAUGAAAGCUGCUCAACAAAGUGGUUUUGAAGAGAUACGUGAUGUUCUUAAACCUGAUGAGAGUGUAAAUGUACCUCGUCAAUUAUCAUCGAAGCAAAUUCUUGUUCGAGUUUGUGCUGUUGCUAUUAAUCCGGUCGAUUGGAAGAUUUUAAAUGGAAGAUUAUCACUUGUUACUUGGUAUUCAUUUCCUCAUAUAUCAGGUACAGAUGUUGCUGGGAUUGUUGAUGCUAUUGGUUUAGGAGUGAAACGUCUUCAAAUUGAUGAUCAUGUUUAUGGAGAUCUUACCAUUCAUGGUGGAAGUUAUGGUGAAUAUGUUCGUGGAGAUGAAUCAAUCUUUUCGUUGAAACAAAAAACUUAA